CUCUGGUCAUCUCCUGUACUAUGUCCGCAGUCUCUGGUCAUCUCCUGUACUAUGUCCGCAGUCUCUGGUCAUCUCCUGUACUAUGUCCGCAGUCUCUGGUCAUCUCCUGUACUAUGUCCGCAGUCUCUGGUCAUCUCCUGUACUAUGUCCGCAGUCUCUGGUCAUCUCCUGUACUAUGUCCGCAGUCUCUGGUCAUCUCCUGUAUAUGUCCGCAGUCUCUGGUCAUCUCCUGUACUGUGUCCGCAGUCUCUGGUCAUCUCCUGUACUGUGUCCGCAGUCUCUGGUCAUCUCCUGUACUGUGUCCGCAGUCUCUGGUCGUCUCCUGUACUGUGUCCGCAGUC